GGAUACUGCGGGCUGUUACGCAGGCGCGGAAUGAUGACACAACCACUGCUUCCGGUCCCUGGCGCUUCCCUCCUGCCCAAGCCAGCAUGAUCCGGCGGGGCCCCAGCGCAUCCCCUGGGAGAGCGCAGUCAAUCUGGACGAACCCAUUGGCAGCCUCAGACCGCCCUUGAGGAGGAUGACUGAGACAUUAUGGGCCACGCGCUGUGUAUCUGCUCUCCGGGAACUGUCAUCAUUGACAAUAAGCGCUACCUCUUCAUCCAGAAACUGGGGGAGGGUGGGUUCAGCUAUGUGGACCUAGUGGAGGGGUUACAUGACGGACACUUCUACGCCCUGAAGCGAAUCGUGUGUCACGAGCAGCAGGACCGGGAGGAGGCCCAACGAGAAGCAGACAUGCAUCGCCUCUUCCAACACCCAAACAUCCUUCACCUCGUGGCUUAUUGUCUGAGGGAGCGGGGCACUAAACAUGAGGCCUGGCUGCUGCUACCCUUCUUCAAGGUCAGAAAGUCUCCUGGCUGUGGAGGGGUUGCAACAGAGCCACCAACCAAGAGCUAUGUGAGCAGUCAAAGAGGUACGCUGUGGGACGAGAUAGAGAGGCUGAAAGACAAAGGCAACUUCUUGACCGAAGAGCAAAUCCUUCAGCUGCUGCUGGGUAUCUGCAGAGGUCUCGAGGCCAUUCAUGCCCAGGGUUAUGCCCACAGGGACCUGAAGCCCACCAACGUCUUGCUUGGAGAUGAGGGGCAGCCGGUUUUAAUGGACUUGGGUUCCAUGAAUCAAGCACAGAUCCAUGUGGAGGGCUCCCGCCAGGCUCUGGCUCUGCAGGACUGGGCAGCCCAGCGGUGCACCAUUUCCUACCGGGCCCCGGAGCUGUUCUCCGUGCAGAGUCAGUGUGUCAUCGAUGAGCGGACUGACGUCUGGUCUCUAGGCUGUGUGUUAUAUGCUAUGAUGUUUGGAGAAGGCCCUUAUGACAUGGUGUUCCAGAAGGGUGACAGUGUGGCCCUGGCUGUGCAGAACCAGCUCAACAUCCCACAGAGCCCCAGGCAUUCUUCAGCAUUGCGGCAGCUGCUGGCCUCAAUGAUGACUGUGGACCCCCAGCAGCGCCCUCACAUUCCUGUCCUCCUCAGUCAGUUGGAGGCACUGCAACCCCCACCUCCAGGCCAGCACACUACCCAGAUCUGACCAAACCAGUGGCCACGUCGAGGUGGCCCCUGUGCCUUGGAACAAGUCUGCCAUCCCUCACUGGAAGCUCUGUUCUUUCUGUCCAGGCCUGCUCUCCUAUGGUUGGGGGCAGGGGGUUGGGGAGAGUCAGCUCGGUCUUCCCUCUCGGCUGUGUUCUCUUACCCCCAGAACAACUGGACAGGGCACCUGAGUUGGGGUGGGUGAGGGUGGGUAUGGGGAAAGGGAAACUGGAAGAAUACAGUAAAGGCUCCGAGCAGGACUGCGGAACUUACAUCAUGGUCUGCCUCCAAGUCUGGGAGCAGGAGAAUGUGUAAAUAAAAGAAUAAAGUGAG